UUGAUCACCCACUUUAAGUUAUCGGUUAUACUGCAGAAAGCGGUGCCAGAUUUUAAAACUCAUUACCCAUAAUUCAGUAUGCUUGAGUAGCUAUCAGCUUCACACAUUGCAAGAAGUAGUAUAACAAUAAUUUGGAUGGUAGUGGUCUAUAUAGGAUGUCCAGUUGAAAAAUAUUUCUUGUAGAUAAUUUUGUUGAUUUUGUACAACGCUUCAGCAAGUGUGGAAGAAUUCCAGUGUUUGAAUAGGGCUCCCACUGCCAGUAUGUUUUUGUUAUUUCAACAAUCAGUUAUAAUUUAAUUGUAGCUUGACAAUUAAAAAAAUUUUCAUUGCAACGUUGAUUUGGCUUCAAAGAGCUUCACAUUUUAAUCUUCUGUUCCCAAGGUUCUCUAGUUAAUCGUUAUUGAAAGAAAUGUUUAUACGAAGUCAACAAAUCGAAUAUGUCAGAUUGGAUAUUAUAACUUGAUGGCGGUAUUAUUACGUGGACCUGAACUUUGAGAUGUCGUCCUGUAACCUACACUCCUCUUCAGGUUGCAUCAAAUGCUAAAGUUUGAUUUAAUUGUCGCAGUUGAAUGAUUUAGCUUAUAACCUUAAAAAGUUCUAUAAAAAAAAAUCAAUAUUUGAUUUGCGAAGGCUACAAUGCAAACUUGAUAUUUACUUAGAGUUCAAAAUUGCACAAAAGAACUGAACAACAUGUUUCCAUAAACCAAUCAGAGAUGGACUUAUGUAGGCCUUGUCAAGAACCGAAGGAAUGCUGUCUUCUAUAGCAAAUUGACAUAUAAACCACAGAUCCUGUAGGAUCAAUCUUUAAACUUAAGUUCUAGCGGCAAAGCUAGUAGGUGACAUUGUUUGACAGGGCAAUGCUAGUAGGUGACAUUGUUUGACACUUCUAAAGGUACCAAAUGUUGCUGUCAUGGGAUUAAGGCAUCACAUGUCAGCCAGCCUGUAAACCUGCACGUUUGCAUCCCAUACAACAUUUGGAACAUUAAAAAAGUGAUUGUGGUUUUGUUAAGUAAGGAUUAAUGGACUGGCGACAUCAUAGGAGUACAUUUUUGACAGGUGUGUUUAUAACCUAUAUCACCUAUGGAAUAGUAGUCGAACUCCUGUCUGACCUUUCCAAUAAAUGUGGGAUGUAUUGUCAUGUAUACAGUACACCUCUACAUGAACAUUUUCCAAGAAGCAUUUUUCAAAUGUGCUGAUUGUUAAGGAGUGAAAAUUUCUUGUUUCCUACAGUAUUGUACAUUGGAGCCAUAUCAUAAGGACAGCUACAAAGGAGGCAGUUGAACAAAUUUUCCAUACUGAUUUCAAGACCAGGAAUAUUGUAUGAAGAAUUUUACAUGAUUACAUGUCAUUUUUACAUGAUUUGUAUUUGGAUCUUAUGGUUGCCAGGUAGCUCACUAUUUUGACUGUUACGGUUUACCUGUGUGCCCUUUGUACUGUACUUUUGGUUAUUUCAUAUUCUUUUGUGGGCUUAAUUUGGAUAUAUGAAAAGCCAAUGUCCUCGAUCUUUGAUAAAAGAGUAUUUAAAGAUUAAUAUUCAUGGAGGGAUACAUCCUAACUGGAAGUAAUACUGGUCGUAGUCGGAAAUAAUACAUAUAACAAACUUCAAUACAAUAGCAAAGGAGUUCUCUAUUAUUAGCGACAAAUUAUCCCGUUAUGGAGCAAUACUUCACAAGUAUGAAGAUCUCUUAAGAGCCUUCUUAAAUACAUCUGACACUUGAACGUGAAUAGCAUAUGUCCGUAAAACAGUUUAAUGGCGGUCAGAUUUGUAUUUAUUUCCAUCAGAAGGUAAUCCUGUUGGAUUGGAACUCAACAAAAAACAUAUUGAAUCAGGAAACAAUUACAAGAAAUAAGUUCAUAUAGUUCCUCAUUGGAGCUACUCGAUGUAGAACUGUGCGGUAGAGACAUUACUUAGAGCAGCGAUAAAUUAUGAAUAAAUUUCCAACAGUUACUGGUUACGAAAGCGACUCCAGUAACUCAAGUUCCGACACAGUAGUUGAGUGUGCGUCUGAUCACACUGAUGAUUUCAACGCAUCUGAUCACAGUAUCUCAGAUGCAUCUGAUUAUUGUGGCUUUGAAGAAUCUGAAAACAAGUUUGUGUCCAAGCAGGAUUUUAUUCCUAUUAAGGAAACAGCAAUAGAUACUGAAGAGUUAAAGAAUAAUCAGAGCUGUGAUGAUAAUAAUAAUAAAGUAGUCGGAUAUUUGGACUUAACGAUAACCGGUAGAAUAAGUCUGACUUCCUUGGAUUUAGAUCUUGUUUCCAAAUUUUUGGAAUUUCUUCAAGAUGGUCAGAUAGAAGCGCGCAUGUUUAUGGAUGAUAUUGGAGAAUCGUCAACGGAUACAUUUGAAGUCGGUACUGGCAAACUUAUGAGUAAACCUACAGCAGAUUUGAAAAAGGUAGAGAAAAACAAAGAACCAUUAACCCAACAACAACCAUCAAACAUGGAGUCAGGUGCCAAAUAUUUAUCCAUACCAGAGCAACAACGGCAUCUCCAGUAUUAUAACGCCAUUCCGGAACCUCAGGAACCAGUUGUUUCCAACUUCCAUAAUGGAAACUAUAGCUCUUCCGAGGACACGCUCUCAGUUGGGUCUGCUGGCUCCGAUUCUGUAGAGACUAUUCCAAUUAGAAUUCAAUUACCAGAACAAGAUAUACAGAAAUGCCUAUGUCUCAAACCAUCACAAACAGUGUGGUUUGCUAAGCAACACGUAAUUUCCAGUGUAUCCCAGGAUGUAAAGGACACAUUAAAUUAUGGAUUUUAUCAGCCACCAGCAAAUGGCAGAGCAGGAAAAUUCUUGGAUGAAGAGAGGCUACUUCGUGAUUAUCCAAUGAUGGGUCCUGUCGGCUACCUGGAGUUCAAAUACAAAAGACGUGUGUACAAGCAGUUGAAUCUAGAUGGAAAUCAAAUCAAGAAAUAUAAUGGACGCUCAUACCAAAAGAACAUGAUGGACUACAUUAAGAGCAACUCGCCUGACAAAGUCAAGAAGCUGAUCGAUAAAGGUCUUGACCCCAACUUCAUCGAUGAGAGUUCAGGAGAAACGCCGAUGACCCUUGCUGUGACAGUAAAUAAAUCUGAGGAAGUUAUAAAGAUGUUGUUGUUGGGGGGAUACCAUCAUGAUUUUCGCAACAGGGACGGUCUGACAGCUGUUCACAAGGCAGUUUUGAAGGCAAAUGCAAGAAUUAUAGAGGUGAUUUUGGAUCUAGGAGCAUCUCCCAACUACAAGGAUGAAAGAGGGCUAACCCCUCUUUAUUAUACAGCAAUGCACGGAGGUGACCCCCGUGUUGCUGAGAUUUUGCUAAAAGACAAAGCAACCGUUAAUAAUGUUGACAGUCAGGGAUGGUCUGAAAUUCAUCAGGCUUGUCGUUACGGUCGUGUUCAGCAUUUGGAGCACUUACUUUUCUACGGAGCUGACAUAGAUGCGCAGAAUGAGGCCGGAAAUACAGGACUGCACGUUGCUGCUCUCAAUAACCAUACGCCUGCAGCGCGUACGCUUCUUUUUCGGGGAUGCAAUAAACAACUGAAGAACAAGGCAAACCAGACGGCAUACCAAGCUGCUGUUAUUGGCAAUAAUACGCAGCUGGCUGCCAUUAUUCAGGAUCAUGCUGAGGAUGCAGUCGUGAUGCAUCGACGUCUUCCACAGUACACCAAUCGUAGACGAUGGACACAAAAUCAAGGUGCCCUGACCCGGGCUACAAGUGAGCCCCUUUUACAAGGUAGUUACUCUACCUUAGGUAGGAUGGGGCAUAGGUUUCCCCGCCAGUUAUCCUCCACCCCCCUCACAGAUUGUAUCAGCACUGCAUCCCUAGAUAUCUCAGAUGGUCCAAGGUCACUUCGAGCUUCUCCUGUGACAACGCACGCACCUCCGGCACAGAAUGGUGGUAUACGCUACGUUGCUAUUAAAAAUUACAAGGCCUUUGAAGCUGGGGAACUUACCCUUCAUAAAGGCGAUAUUGUAGAAGUGACAAAUAAAGAUGAUGAAAGUUAUUGGGAAGGAAAAGUAGGAAAUUCCUAUGGACUCUUUCCGGCAUAUUGCGUGGACAAGGUUGUAAUGCGAGGAAAGAAGGUGGAACCUGACACACUAUCGGACUGCAGCUCAACUUCUGGUGGUGCCAAUUAUGAACACAUUUUAAAGACUGUAACUAUAAAACGAGGAAAGAAAGGAUUCGGCUUUGUCCUGCGUGGUGCAAAGACACAAUCUAAAAAUUCUACUGAGCAGAUUUAUGAAAACAGUAAAAAUGAGAUGCGUUUUCAGCCUAGCUCUGAGAACCCAGCACUGCAGUACCUUGACUCAGUAGAUGAAGGGAGCAAUGCAGAGAAAGCUGGCUUGAAGCCGGGUGACUUUCUUCUAGAGAUAAACGGUGAAGAUGUCCGUCAAGCAGAGCAUCAGCGAGUGGUGUAUAUAGUCUCUAAAUGUCCAGACACUCUGCAGAUUAAAGUGGUGACUGUGGAGAAGACUAUCACACCACGAACACCUAGUUUAGAUUCACAUGGAUCAUCCAAAAGAAAAGCCCCACCACCACCUAUGAGGUCAUCCAAGACCAGACUAAGUUUUUAUGAUGAGGAUAAUAUUUCAAUUGCCAGUGAUGCAUCAUCAAAUAGUAGUCAAGGUAGUCAGAAGAUUGCAUCUAUACGAUCAAGACCGACCUCAAAGCGUGUGUCCUCACAACACCUCGAUCAGAUCCUACAACGCCAAGGCAGCAAAUCCUCGCUUUUGUCAGCUUCGUCAAAUCCUAACAAGCCAGUAAUUCCAGCUACUCCCAUAUUCCGUUAUGGCACAAUGGGAAGAAAUCCGAAAGGAACUGGAGAGGUAGUGGACAAUACACUACCUAGAAGAUCAUCAAAUGGCAGCGAUUCUGCUCACUCUUCUCUCAGAUCUUCCCCGGCAUCUUCAUAUUCCCUAGCUACCGAUUCUUCAUAUCAGAGUAGUACAGACAGUGGUGUGCCCAUGAAGAUGGAAAGAAGUGUGUCUGAACAUUUCACACAGUAUCAGUCGCAACCAAAUGCAAUCCCACAAAGAGCUCCCCCUGCAAUAAAUUCAAGGUCAAAAUCGAUGAUAAGCCUGGAAACAGCAUCUACGGCAAGUACACCAGAACCAAAAGCAAAGAAAACUGCGCCAAGUCCCUCUCCCGCAAGAGCUCUUGCUCUGCGUGAACAGAAGAAGCGUAACAACCAGACACCAUCCAACCCACCUCCCGUUUUUAAUCCAAAAACUCCCCCAAGUAAACAUAAAAGUGUUGCUAAAACACCCCCAGCUCCACCUCCUCCUCCUCCAGUUGAACCACCUCAGAAUAAUAAUACAGUGAAUGAAAUAGCAAAGCAGAAUAAGUUGACUCGAGAUAUAAAUUCAAAUGGAAGUUUGCCUGUGAAAAGGAAAAGCGAACCAAAUACAUUUGCCGCUUCCAUUGCUCGUGCCGCAGAAAAGAGGAAAGAACAGGAGAAUUUUUCGGAGUCACCUGUUCAGAUUGGCUCCAAUGCGCAACCAUCUCAUGCAGUACAGAUUGCUUUGGCUGCUCGUCAACGAAACAUGAAUCAAAAUAACCAAUUACCAAACCAAGAACCCUCACAAUCUGCUUCACUGCCUACCACUGGCUUGCAAGCAGAGAUUUUACAAAGAAAAGCCAAAUUUAAUUCAAAUGCUCAAAGCAAUGAAACAAUUGAGGAGAAGAUUAAGCGUCAAAAAGAGAACAAUGUACAUAGACCUAAAUCAACUCAUGAUGCAUUACUGGAAGCCAUUGCAAAAAGAAAGUCACGACUAGAUCAGAAAGAAAUGGAGGCUAAUAGUUCAGAAAGUCAGAGUCGUCAAAAUAGUUUUGAGGCUUGGAAUGAUCCUACUCCGACAAAACCAGUUAAAGUACCCCCAAGUGUACCUCCAAAGAGAAAUCCAAAUACAAAACUUUCUGAAAGUGAGGGAAGUCUAUCAAGAAAUGGAAGUCCACUACUGAACGCUAAUAGACAUGUGAAUGCUAAUAAAUUCGGACGCAAUGUCAACGAUCAAUCUAGUACCCCUAAGCAAAAUGGUAUGGAUAACACAGACUCAAGGAACCAGUCUUCACUGCCACCCCCUCCUCAGUUUAAUGCCACUCAGAGGGGCAACAAUGUGGAAAAUACUCCAAAUAAUUUUAGCUCAAUUUUAAAUCGUUUUCAGAAUAACAGCCCGACCGGGACACUUAAUGGGCAUUUGGCAAAUGACAUGAUAUGUGUACCUCCUCCACCAAGCAAUAGUGAGAACAUUAACCAAAUGGUACUGGAGAUUGUGCCUCCCCCACCCGCAAUGGACAUCAACAGCAGACCUCAAAGGCUUAGCCGCGACCAUGCUUUUGACACAGCUAGUGUGGUCUCAUCCGUGUCUUCUGUAUCAACUUUAUCCAAUUUAUCUAACGAACCAUGGGAUUCAUUCCAGACAAUUGGAGAAGAGGAUGACAAGGUUAGCAGUCUGCGCUCUGGAUCUGGUAACAGCCAAAAUUCAGGGUCUAAUAGAAUCAGCAAUGGACCAAUAUCAACUUCAUUCCAAGCUUCAAAUUCGUUCCAAGAUAAAGAAUUGAGUACCUGGCAACCAGAAGAUGUUGCUGAUUGGCUGAUAAGCCUUAAACUUGGAGAAUAUCGAGAGAGCUUCCUGGAAAAUGAAAUAUCAGGGGAGCAUCUAAUGGCACUUUCAAAGGAGGACUUUACUGAACUUGGUGUCACACGUAUAGGACAUCGGUUAACAAUUGAAAAACAUUUAAGGAAAUUACGAAGCACUUGAAAUAUUUGGAAAUUUUGUACAGUAUUUGGAAAGUCGAUCGGGAAUCUUUUUUGCAAGAGAGACAGUUGUCUCCAAAUCUGUAAUGGAAUUUAGCGAACCAUAAUGUUAUACUGGAAAAUUUUAUCUGGAUAUGUUUAUGGUUCUUAUAAACUGAAUUAAUAUUGACUUUUUGUUAUCUGCAAUAUGAGUGGUGGUCACAACUAAGAUUUUCAUGGAUUUUCAGUGGCGCUGCCAAAAUCAAUACUUUAUUGUGGCAACCGAAACUAUUAAGUAAUUAACUUUUUCGUAGGAAUUUUACGCGAGAAUAUAGUAUAGGAAGGUGACAAUAACACUACGCUGACCAAUUGAAUUUUAGAGCAAAUAAGCAAAUGCUUUCAAUGAUCAUCUGGCUUGAAUUGAUGUGAUAACAAUUGAGAUCAGUGCAGCAUGUCACAAAGCAUGGAAUUUAAUUCAUAUUUCAGAUAUAUAUCCUUGAUUCGUUAUUUACCAUCAACCAUACAAAUUUUCGAACAAUUAAAAAAACAAUUAUUAAUCUUCAGGCAAUUUACACCAAUUACAAGAACUACUGUAUAUGAAACAUAGGAACUAAUCCUACAAAUAUUUAUAUAUAGAUAUAUAAAAAUAAGAAUAUAUUAUGUAAAUUUGAUAAAUGCAUAAUUUGAAUAUAUUGAAAAAUUUGAAUAGCUAAUAAUGAAUUCAGCACUUUUUGAAUAUAAUUUUUUAGUUAUGUGUAAAGCAACAUAUUGUCACUUUCAUUUAAGAUGGAAUUGAUAGAUUCAAAAUUACUUUAUGUUUUGGAAUGUUUUUUUUUUUACAUAUAAUUUCGUGAAAAUGGGAAAUUGUAUUAUAGUUUGUAAUUGUUUACUGUGUGAUUGUGUUUGAUCAUCUCAUAGCGUAUUUUCUUUAGUAUUCAGAACACAUUUCCCGGAUAUAAUUUUAACUUUUUAGUAUUUUUUUUUUUUAAUCUGGGAUAGAUAUUCAUGUGCUUUUCAAUCCUGGCUUGUUUGAAUUUUAGAUUUUUGAUACCAAAGCUAAGAAAUUUAUUUAUGGUUACCAGAGGAAUAUAAAUUAGAAUAUAUUUACCGUGUGAUGAGAGGGAAAUAAUGAAAACAUUUGCAUACUGUACACAGAUCAGAUUUUAGGUUGACGCUGUUUGAUUGGACUUUAGGUGGCGCUCUUUACAUUUUUAAUAGUGGCUCAUUCAGGGUAUAGUUUGGAGAAGUAUCUGUUAAAGAUAUUUUUUACCCAUUUGAAUUUUUCUGCACCAGAUAAUCAAGAUAUGAUCAUGUUAUAUAUAAAAAAUUUCAGACUAUAUUAUUCAUUUGGUUUAUGUAAAUUAUAUGAUGCUUUCAAUGUAAUUAAAAAAACAAAAUUUUUGAUCAUGUAUUUGUGAAUUGGUUCAUAAAAGUGAAAGGUGAGCUGCGGAAAAUUUACUUCCUCCAUCACCUGUCCUCUACCUAUUUGCCUGCUUAAGUGUACAAAUUUAUAAAUAGAAAUUGUUGAUUGUAUUAACUAGAAACGUAUUUUGUGAUAUUUUGCUUUAUUAUUAACUUGAACAUAACAAACUAUUGUAAAAUUAGUGAUAGAGAAUAGUUUAUUCUUGCCAUAUUUUUGAUAUGAAUUUUACAUGUUUUUUUCCCCUAAUAUUUAAGCUAACAAAAUUGUUCAACAAAAGAGAAUGUGCUGCGAAGUUAUAACAAUAAAUAAUUAAUUAUGAUAAUUACAAUAAAUUAACCAUACACCUUGUUCCUCUGUGAAAUUAGUAGCGUGAUAUAGUAUAAUACUAAAAAUGAUGAAAAUAUUUACACAUACAUCUUAUAUAUAGUUUAUUAAAAUGUGUGAAAAAAUUAAUUCAAUAACAAAUAUGAAAAUAUAGAAAUCUUCGGGUUAAUAGA